UCCCGGGCGGCCGGUGGGUGCGUCCUCCGGAAGAAGGACGGCGAAACGUGUGCCUCCUACGCCACUAGUUGAUUGUGGUUUUUGUUUUGUUUCUUGAGGACAGAUAUUUGGAGACCCUGACGUCUCGGUUGUGCUUCUCACGGCUCUCAUCGGUUGAUCCAUAGUCCGAAAUGCAUGGCCACGGAGGCUACGACUCUGAUUUCAGUGAUGACGAACACUGUGGGGAAUCUAGGAAAAGGAAAAAAAGGACGGUUGAAGAUGAUUUACUGCUCAAAAAGCCAUUUCAGAAAGAAAAACAUGGAAAAGUGGUCCAUAAGCAAGUUGCAGCAGAGUUGCUGGACAGGGAAGAAGCAAAAAAUAGAAGGUUUCAUCUCAUAGCUAUGGAUGCUUACCAAAGGCACACAAAGUUUGUAAAUGACUAUAUUUUAUACUAUGGUGGCAAAAAGGAAGACUUCAGGCGUUUGGGGGAAAAUGACAAGACAGAUUUGGAUGUUAUACGAGAAAACCAUAGAUUCCUGUGGAAUGAAGAGGAUGAAAUGGACAUGACGUGGGAGAAGAGACUUGCAAAGAAAUACUAUGAUAAAUUAUUCAAGGAAUACUGCAUAGCAGAUCUCAGUAGAUACAAAGAAAAUAAGUUUGGAUUUAGGUGGCGAGUAGAAAAAGAAGUAAUUUCAGGAAAAGGUCAGUUUUUCUGUGGAAAUAAAUACUGCGAUGAAAAAGAAGGCUUGAAGAGCUGGGAAGUUAAUUUUGGUUAUGUUGAACAUGGUGAAAAGAAAAACGCACUUGUUAAAUUAAGGUUAUGCCAAGAAUGUUCCUUUAAGUUAAAUUUUCAUCACAGGAGGAAAGAAAUCAAGACAAAAAAAAGGAAGGAUAAAACCAAAAAAGGUUGUCAUGAGUCAUCACAUAAAAAAUCCAAAUUAUCCUCCGCAGAAGAGACCUCCAAGAAGAAGGCUAAAGGACACUCAUCUUCAGAGAGAGAAGAAUCUGUAAACACAAGCUCCGAUGAGGAAGAAAGUGCUUCAGAAUCAGCCCAUCUGUGGAAGGGGCCGCUCCCGGAGACAGAUGAGAAAUCCCAGGAAGAAGAAUUUGAUGAAUAUUUUCAGGAUUUGUUUCUGUGAGAUGGGAGAAAGAAGCCUGCCUUUCUUAAUGUGGAAGGAUACUUUGGAACUUCAUACAAGUACAAUCUACAGGUUGCAACUGGAGUGGUUUAUCUUUGGAAAUAAAAAUACAGCUAUUCUCGCCAUCUGAGAUGCUUCAAAAGUGCAUCAGUUCCAUGCUUUUCUCUGUCCUUUAUAUGAAGUGACUUCAAAAAAUUCAUGGAAAAAUGGAAUUCAGGGUAAGUUUACUUUGGUGCAGACCGUUUUGAAAUCCAUGCAUAUUCUUUCAGAGUAUGAGUUUCCAUGAACUGUUUGAAGACUUCAGUUGCUUAUACACAACUCUGUCAUCUGUAAUUCCUUGAGCACCUGUUAACUCCUUGAUCUACUAGUUUCAGUGACAUUUAAAUAUGAAGGUAUGGGUAUUAAACUGCAAAAAUGAG